CAGGACUCUCGCGUUGUAGAAAUAGAAAUGGCAGACAGGGGAGGCUCUAAGGGGCCCCCGGGGGCCCCCCAGUCUGAAGGCGACAAAGAGUGUUUGAGUCGCUUCAUAGAGUCCGGAUGCGCAAUUUGCUUCGAAGAGUUCGGGCCUUCUGCGCUGGUUAGGGUUUUGCCUUGUGGGCACAUUUUCCACAAGAGCUGUCUAGACACCUGGUUUCGCCGCAGCGCGGCUCUGGCGCUCAGGGGCUAG